AGAACUGCCUGCCUGAACUGUCCCUGCUUCUUGGCCUGCUCUGCACGCUGUGAAUCAGUCCUUUACUUGGGAAACAGAGAUUCACUGUGAGACCAUGUCGUUUAGAUUUGGCCAACAUCUCAUCAAGCCCUCUGUGGUUUUUCUCAAAACUGAACUGUCCUUUGCCCUGGUGAAUAGAAAACCUGUUGUACCUGGCCAUGUCCUUGUAUGCCCCUUGAGGCCAGUGGAGCGUUUCCGUGACCUACGUCCUGAUGAAGUAGCUGAUUUGUUCCAAGUGACCCAGAGAGUGGGGACAGUAGUGGAGAAGCAUUUCCAGGGGACCUCCAUCACAUUCUCCAUGCAGGAUGGUCCUGAGGCUGGACAGACUGUGAAGCAUGUACAUGUCCACAUUCUUCCCAGGAAGGCAGGGGACUUCCACAGAAAUGACAGCAUCUAUGAUGAGCUCCAGAAACAUGACAAAGAGGAGGAAGACUCCCCAGCCCUUUGGAGAUCUGAGGACGAGAUGGCUGCAGAAGCUGAGGAGCUGCGUGUCUACUUUCAGGCAUGAAAGUAACUCAAACAAAUCCCAAGGCAUAAGGAAAUGUGCCUCGCUCUUCUGGACUCUGCAGCAUUGGAAAUGAAGUGCUGAGCAGACUUUAUUACAUCCCACGAUUCUGCAGCCUUUUGCAAAGCAUUUUAUUGUACUUGUGGAAGCCACUGGGGUUAUGUUUCAAUCACAAUGACUGACAGACCAACUUCACAAGCAGUAGCAUAGACACCCUGCCAUAGUUUCUCAGUUACAUACUUAGAAUAGGACCUUUUCCAAACUGUCCCUUAGCCUGGAUGAAAAUAAAGUGGUAGCUAAAAUAU